CGAACACGCAUGACAUUGGAUGGAUUGCAAUUGCGAGUACUAAUUCCUAAUUGCAAUCUACUUGCGCGUUUUUUCGCAGUGAUUGUAGCUUCAUAGUGAUGAAUCGCGUUGUUAGUGUCAAAUUAGAUUCAACGUCGUGUAUUCGUCUCUAUACUAGACAAUGAGCGUAAAAACGUAUUUUUGUGAUGUCAUCGCGUUAAUGACGUCAUGAUGAAAAGCUCUCAUAUAGGAUAAACUUUAAAUUCUCAAUAGUCAUUUGUUCAAUAUUAUCAUUUUCAACCGAUCACAAUGAAAUCUUCAUUCUUUUGUUUACUUUAUUCAGUGGAGCGUACUAAUUAACUAAUGAAUGCGGUAUGCCGACGAUAAUAUAGAUUUUAAUAUCAGCAAGCAGCGUCGAUAUUGUGUUAUCGCUACAUUUUCAGUAUCUGUCAGGUGUUACUUUCAGUCAGUGCCCACUCAUAUUACCAGUGAUACUUUGUUCGUUGUUUUUUCCUAUUGGAAUUGUAGUUUACUUCACACAAUGCAGCCAAAUCGUGAACAGCCUCCUCCGUACUCGGCGCAAUCAGACCCAGCGAUGGUGCAUCACCCCACAAUAGUGCAGCCUACUAUAGUCCAGCCAAUGCCGGUGGUGUACUCAGUACAGACUGUCACGGUUCAGCCUGGCUUAGUGGGAUCAUCGCCCACUCUCAUGACUUGCCCGUCCUGCCUCAACCAAAUAGUCACAAGAGUUGAUCGAUCGCCUUCAUGUAGAACACAUCUAAUGGCGUUACUGUGUCUGUUACUGUUCUGGCCGUGCAUGUGUGUGCCAUACUGUGUGGAUUCAUGCAAUGAUGCCGAUCACUACUGCCCUCACUGUAACGCAUACAUUGGCUCCUAUAAGUUUUAAUUUAACUAUUAGUGAGCUUAUUGAUGACCAAAAGCGUGUAAAAUAAAGAUUCAAAUACUUAUCACUUUCGACGUACGUACUCAUAUUGAGUAGCGGAAUUAUUUCAGUGGAGGAGACAAAGCGGAAUUUUUUGGAUUUACUCGAGUGCGGCAGAAUAACAUAAAGUCACAAGGUUGCACCCCUAACCUAUCACC